CCCUCGUUUUCCAAGAGGUAAAAACCCUAGUUUGCUCCGGCUACCACACACCCGUCCAAAAUGGCCGCCGCAGCCGCUCGCCCUUUGGUCGCCGUCCAAUCUCUCGAAGGAGAUAUGGCCACUGAUGCUGCCCCGACUGUGCCGUUGCCCGAUGUUAUGAAAGCUUCCAUUCGACCGGAUAUCGUUAAUUUUGUCCACGCCAAUAUCUCAAAAAACCGACGCCAACCCUAUGCUGUGAGCAAGCGUGCCGGUCAUCAAACUUCCGCAGAGUCAUGGGGUACAGGACGAGCUGUUUCUCGUAUUCCUCGUGUCCCUGGUGGUGGUACUCACCGCGCUGGUCAAGGAGCUUUUGGAAACAUGUGUCGAGGAGGACGCAUGUUUGCUCCAACUAAGAUCUGGCGCCGAUGGCACCGAAAGAUCAACGUCAAUCAAAAGAGGUACGCCGUUGUUUCUGCCAUUGCUGCUUCUGCUAUUCCUUCUUUGGUUUUGGCUCGUGGUCACCGGAUCGAGUCUGUUCCGGAACUGCCCCUUGUAAUUAGCGACUCGGCUGAGGGAAUCGAGAAGACCUCUUCUGCGAUUAAGGUUUUGAAGCAGGUUGGUGCAUUUCCUGAUGCUGAGAAGGCGAAGGACAGUCACGCCAUCCGCCCUGGUAAGGGUAAGAUGAGGAAUCGUCGCUACAUUUCGCGAAAGGGUCCAUUGAUUGUGUAUGGUACUGAAGGUGCUAAGCUUGUGAAGGCCUUCCGUAACAUUCCUGGUAUCGAGGUGGUGAAUGUCGAGAGGCUGAAUCUUUUGAAGUUAGCUCCUGGAGGUCAUCUUGGAAGAUUUGUUAUCUGGACUAAAACUGCUUUUGAGAAGCUCGAUUCCAUCUAUGGAUCGUUUGAGAAGUCAUCUGAGAAGAAGAAGGGUUACGUGCUUCCGAGAGCAAAGAUGGUCAAUGCUGAUUUGUCUAGGAUUAUAAACUCUGAUGAGGUUCAAUCUGUCGUUAAUCCCAUCAAGAAGGCUGUGAAGAGACCUUCUCUGAAGAAGAACCCACUCAAGAACCUUAAUGCCAUGUUGAAGCUUAACCCAUAUGCUAAGACUGCAAGGAGAAUGUCUUUAUUGGCUGAGGCACAACGUGUGAAAGCUAAGAAGGAGAAACUCGACAAGAAGAGGAACAUUAUCCCGAAGGAGGAGGCUUCAGGAAUAAGGGCAGCAGGCAAAGCAUGGUAUCAGACAAUGAUUUCAGACAGUGAUUACACCGAGUUCGACAACUUUUCCAAGUGGCUUGGUGUCUCUCAGUGAUUUCAUUUCUGUUUGACAUAAAUUUCCAUAGACCUUAGUUUAAUUAAAUUUUGUACGCGCUGCUGUUUCUGCUGCUUUUCUGUUUUGCGUCAUGGAAGAAAGUAGGAGGUCUGAGUGUCUGAAUGGGAUGUCGAGUUCCCCCUAUUCUCUUGCCUACCUUGUCCUUGUGGAGGAUUAUUUCUUUUUGGAAAUGGAAUUGAACAUCUGAAGAGCUUAGAAGGUGAGUUUAGUAAUUUGCACUGAGAUUUACACUUCAAAACUUUUGUUUAAAAUUUGAAUCUACUGUUUUGUUUUUUU